GGUUUAUUUAUUGACCUAUAUUCUCUUUGUCUUGCUUAGGACAGUGUGGCUAGGUGCUGGCUGUGUUUGGCCAAUUGAUGAUUUUCUAAUAACCAGGAUAUGGAACAGAGCCUUUCUGAGGGAUAAAACUGAACUGACUAGAAGAAUAAAGAGAAGUUGGAUUGAUGAGAACUAUAAGAAAGCAUACAACAGUUUGGAAUGGAUUGAUUUAUGAUACGUCCGAUACGUGAGGGCUACAUUUUGUGUCGCUGUUGUCCAGCUGCUGCUGGAGUACGCUGACUUUGGUGCAAGCCCAGCAAACAGGUCCUCAUCGCUACCAGAACAUAAGCAAGUGUGAUGCUGAAAUGAGAUGAGGCUCCGAAAUGGAACUGUGGCCACCGUGUUAGUUUUCAUCACUACUUUCCUCAGUUUGUCCUGGUAUACUGCAUGGCAAAAUGGGAAAGAAAAGUUGAUUGCCUAUCAGCGGGAGUUUCACGCUUUGAAGGAACGUCUGCGCAUCGCCGAGCACCGCACGCUGCAGCGCUCGUCCGAGCUCAACGCCAUCCUGGAGCAGUUCAGGAGGGCCGUGGCAGAAACAAACAGCAGCAAGAAUGCAAUGAAUAAUUUUUCAGAUGAGACGCUGAAAUUGUUAAAAGAGCUAACAAGUAGAAAAUCUCUUCAAGUGCCAAAUAUCUAUUACCAUUUGCCUCAUUUGUUGAAAAAUGAAGGAAGCCUUCAACCUUCUGUGCAGGUUGGCCUUGGAAGGACAGGAGUUUCCAUUGUAAUGGGAAUACCUACAGUGAAAAGAAAAGUCAAGUCUUACCUUACAGAAACUCUUCACUCCCUUAUUGAUAAGCUGUCCCCUGAAGAAAAACUGGAUUGUGUUAUGGUUGUCUUUAUAGGAGAGACUGAUCUUGAUUAUGUUAACAGUGUUGUUGCAAGCCUGGAAAGAGAGUUUUCUACAGAGAUCAGUUCUGGCUUGGUGGAAGUAAUAGCCCCUCCUGCAACAUAUUAUCCUGACUUGACAAACUUGAAGGAAACAUUUGGAGACUCCAAAGAGAGAGUGAGAUGGAGAACAAAACAGAACUUGGAUUAUUGUUUUCUUAUGAUGUAUGCCCAGAAAAAGGGGGUUUAUUACAUUCAGCUUGAAGAUGACAUUGUUGUCAAGCAGAAUUAUUUCAGCACAAUAAAAAAUUUUGCGCUUCAGCUCGCUUCUGAAGAUUGGAUGAUUCUAGAAUUUUCUCAGCUGGGUUUCAUUGGUAAAAUGUUCCAGUCUCCAGAUAUCACUCUUAUUGUAGAGUUCAUAUUUAUGUUUUAUAAGGAGAAACCUAUUGAUUGGCUCCUGGACCAUAUCCUCUGGGUGAAAGUGUGUAACCCUGAGAAAGAUGCUAAACAUUGUGAUCGACAGAAAUCUAACCUACGAAUACGCUUCAGGCCUUCUCUUUUCCAGCAUGUUGGUCUCCACUCUUCUCUAGCAGGGAAGAUCCAGAAACUCACAGAUAAAGACUUCCUGAAACCAUUACUGCAUAAAAUCCACGUGAAUCCACCUGCAGAGGUUUCGACAUCUUUAAAAGUCUACCAGGGGCAUACGCUAGAAAAAACCUACGUAGGGGAAGAUUUUUUCUGGGCUGUCACACCAGUUGCUGGAGAUUAUAUUCUCUUUAAAUUUGACAAGCCAGUCAAUGUAGAAAGGUACUUGUUUCACAGUGGCAACCCAGAGCAUCCAGGAGACAUACUUCUAAACACGACUGUAGAAGUUUUGCCUUUUCAGAGUGAAGAACUGGUAUUAAGCAAAGAAACCAAAGACAAACGCUUAGAGGAUGGUUACUUCAGGAUAGGGAAGUUUGAAAACGGUGUAGCUGAAGGAACAGUUGACCCCAGUCUAAAUCCUAUUUCAUCAUUCCGGCUUUCAGUGAUACAAAAUUCAGCUGUUUGGGCAAUUCUGAAUGAGAUCCACAUUAAAAAGAUUACAAACUGAUCAUGGAAAUCUGCUUUAGAGGAAAACGAAAGAAUCCUUGAAAAUUCUUCCUAUAAAAUCCGACAUCUUUAGCAAGUCACAAAUUGAAAAUACUGAGCAUGCACCUUAUUCCAAAUGUCAUUCUUUUUCACUUGAACUCUACCUCUUGUGAAAUCUACUGUAGAUGAGAAGAUUGUAUUUACCCCUUCUUAUCUGAUCCAUCCAGAAACUGAUGCUCCACACCGAUAACAUUUGUCUGAGGCCCAAGUUGUCCUCCACUGUAAUGUGACUUUACCAUCUUAUGGUUGCAGAACCCUGCUACGCUUAACCUGUACUAUUUUGAUAGUAUAGUAAUAUAGAGUUGUACAUAUUGUUACAUUCCUUGAAGAAAAAGAAAUAUAAUUAUUGUUAAAUAAGUUUUAUGAAGGGGGUACUUUCGGAGUUCCAUUUAUUUUCUAUAAGAACCCUCUUUUAUAGACUGUCAGGGAUAUAUAUUAAAAAUGCUAGGGAUAUUUAAUUUAUUAAAAUAAUUUGAAAAGUACAUAUUUUUAUGCAGUAAAAUUUUAAAUUGAUAUAGUUUUUUUAUGAAUUCUCUAGUUUAAGUUAUCUUUCUACAUUUUUCUUUGGAGAUGCAAACAUAAAUUAAUACCAUAUUUCAAAUAUACUGCCAUGUUUAAAAAAACAAGAUUAAGUUUCUAAAUUAUGUAGUUUUAUACACAGAAUCUGAAUGAUGUUCAGAGGCAUAAACAGAGUUCUGAAGAGCAUUAUUCUUUGGGGCUAUGAAAUUCCACUAUGUACAGUUUGUAGCCACAUAAAAAGCAUGUUGAUAUGUCUUGUUUCAUUUUAUGUACUAAAAUUGCAGUGAUUUUAAAUUGAAUCCAUUGCAUUUUAGAAGAAUUUUUUUUUACUCCAAACCAAUUCUUUCUAAAAA